AUGAGCCCGCACCCCGUGCACCAUGUCUUCAUAGACCUCGACGACACUCUCUACAUCAAUCCCGAGGUGCCCAAACACGUCAGCAGCUUCAUUGACGGCUACAUCCGCAAGCUCGGCUUCCCGGAGGAGCGCGUCGUCGAAAUCCGGCACGACUAUUACCUGAAGCAUGGCACCACGCUGUGCGGGCUGGUCAAGGAGGGCGUCCUGGUGGACUACGACGACUGGCACGCGCACGUACACGCGCCGCUGGAGUACGAGCGCCUCAUCUCCGCCUCGCCCGACCUCGCGCAGAUCCUGCGGAAGAUCCGCGCCAAACGCUAUGUCUUCACGAACGCUGACAAGGCCCACGCCUCCAGGUGCCUGGGGCUGUUGGGGUUCGCGGAGGGUUUGUUUGAAAAAGUGAUUCAUUUUGAGCAUGUCAUGGAGGAGGCGGUGAAGCGGGGGCUGGCGAAGCUGACGUGCGGGAAGAACGGCGUCGAGGCGGUGGCACCCGUGGUGUGCAAGCCGCACCUGGAGGCGUUCGAGAUCGCGCUGGCCGCGGCGGGGCUGGACUCCGCGGAGGGGUGCGUGUUCAUCGACGACAGCCGGCGCAACAUCCUGGGCGCGAAGAAGGCGGGCUUCACCACGGUCUGGGUGAACGAGCACGCCCACACCGAGCGCCCCGAGGCCGCGGACUUCGCCGUCACGAGCCUCCUGGAGCUCCCCGACGUGAUGCCGUGGCUCUUCACGGGGGCGCCCUCGCUCCGGACGAUGGCGGAGCGGGCGCUCGCGGAGGAGGAGGCGGAGCACGUGGCGGGCGCGAGCCCGUGA